AAGGUAAGAAUACCCACCUCACAUAAUGUAGGAAGGAUAUAGACAAUAUAAUCAAUAAAUCCCCUAAGACACAUGAUAAGUGCUCCAAAACAGACUUUAGAAUCAAGCAAGUAAGACUCGAAGAGAGACAUCAGUGACUUUGACUCUUGCAUUUCAUGGUCAAGUUCAUGUGAUUCAAAAAGAUUAUUUGAAUCUCUUAUAUGAGAUUCAAAAAGAUUAUUAUUAUUAUCAAUAAUCUUUGUUAUUGUUUUUUUGUGCUCACUUUUCUUGGUCUAGAUCAGGUUUUCAGAGUCACCCUUAUACUAAUGAUUUCUCAGACACUAUUGAAAACACCCAUGGCUACCCAAGUUAUAGUGCUUCUUGAAGGACAGAAAUGAUAUCGUGCCUAACCAACUGUGUGUCAGGUAUGAGCGUGGCACAUAGGAUGUAUCAGGAGAUGUGUGUUGAAUGAAUGGACUUAUCAGAGAAGUCUUAUUGCCCCUUAGAGUGGAGAAGAAAGGCAAACAAUUGAAGAAAGAAGAAAUAGAAAACUUCUUGAUAACCAAUAAGCCCAUAACACCUGCCAAAAACCAUUUUCUUCCCUGGAUAGGGAAGGCUGGUUGAGUCUUCGCCCAGGUCAGUGCCCCUGUAGUUACAGAAGUUUGUCUCUCCUGUUGCUCUGAUGACCUACAGGAAUAGUCACGUGUUCAGUGUGGACAAACCACUAAGGAGGCCAACCAUCUGAUGACUGAAAGGACUUUUGUUCUUUUAAAAAUAAUGAAAAGCUUCUGACAGCCCACCAACAGCUCAUCUGAUAUCAAAGAGCCAGGAGGCACCUCAGAUUCAUCAACAUUCCUCUAAUGAGGUGAGGAACUCUUAAUGGUAAACUCAACAGCUGAGUAACAGGAUGACGGUACAACAGUAGGUAGAGAAUCAAGGCAGGGAGGUCAAAGAGUGGAGCCCACACCCACUUGGGAUGGGGUAUAAAAGGGCCAGGAGGGAAGAGGGUUGUCAGAUGCAGUGGCUCAGCCUUCUCAGUGGCUCUGAACCUCCUGUGUAUCCUCAGUCCACCAUGACUUCCUCCUGCAUCAGCUCAUGCCACGCUCUGGGCUGCACCAACAUUCCUGGAGCAAGAAACAUCUGUGUCUCCUCCAUUGACGCUGGAGACCAGCUUGGGGCAGAGAUCAAUGCUGCCCUUCUGGGCCUCUCGGCCACCCUGGCACACGCCAACCGAGUCCGAGUGGGCACAACCUCUCUGGGCCAACCUAGCCUCUGUCUGCCUCACAGCUGCAACACCGCCUGUCCCUUGCCGGGGACCUGCGACAUUCCCGGCAACAUCGGAAUCUGCAGAACCUUCAGUGAAGGCUUCUUCAACAGUCACGAGAAGGAGACCAUGCAGUUCUUGAACGAUCGGCUGGCCAGCUACCUGGAGAAGGUGCGCCGGCUGGAGCGGGACAACGCGGAGCUGGAGAGCCAGAUCCGGGAGCUGAGCAAAUGCCCUGAGUCCACCGUGUGUCCAGACUAUCAGAGCCACUUCCGCAUCAUCGAGGAGCUGCAGCAGAAGAUCCUGUGCAGCAAGGCUGAGAACGCCAGGCUGAUCAUCCAAGUGGACAAUGCCAAGCUGGCUGCCGAUGACUUUAGAAUCAAGCAUGAAAGUGAGCACUCCUUGCGCAUGGUGGUGGAGGCGGACCUGUGCGGGCUGCAUAAGAUCCUGGACGACGUGAGCCUGGCCAAGGCUGACCUGGAGGCCCAGCAGGAAUCCCUGAAGGAGGAGCAGCUCUGCCUCAAGAGCAACCAUGAGCAGGAAGUGAACACUCUGAAGUGUCAGCUGGGAGAUAAGCUCAAGAUUGAGCUGGACGUGGAGCCCACCGUGGACCUGGGCAGGGUGCUGGAGGAGAUGCGGGGCCAGUACGAGGCCAUAGUGGAGACCAACCUCCGUGAUGUGGAGCAGUGGUUCCAAACUCAGUCUGAAGGCAUCAGCCUGCAGGCCAUGUCCUGCUCAGAGGAGCUGCAGUGCUGCCAGUCGGAGAUCCUGGAGCUUCAACGCACAGUGAACGCCCUGGAGGUGGAGCGCCAAGCCCAGCACAACCUGAAGGACUGUCUACAGAACUCACUGUGUGAAUCUGAGGCCCGCUUUGGCACCGAGCUGGCCCAGAUGCAGAGCCUCAUCAGCAACGUGGAGGAGCAGCUGUCUGAGAUCCGGGCUGACCUGGAGCGGCAGAACCAGGAGUACCAGGUGCUGCUGGAUGUCAAGGCCCGGCUGGAGUGUGAGAUCAAAACAUACCAGAACCUUCUGGAGAGUGAAGACUGCAAGUAUGUAUGAUCUAGGCCAGGGGUCCCCAAGCCCCAGGCCAUCCUGGUUCUUGGUCCAUAAGGAACCAGGCCAUAGAGCAGGAGGUGAGCAGCAGAUGAAUGAAGCUUCAUCUGCUGCUCCCCAUCACUCCCAUUACCACCCAAGCCAUCCCCUCUUUGCGAGUCCCAGUCCUUGGAAAAAUUGUCUUCCACAAAACAAGUACCUGGUGUCAAAAAUGUUGGGGAUCGCUGAUCUAAGUAAUUCCUGGCCAUGCCAUUCCACAGAGCACUCAAGAGCUUGUUCAAGAUCUCAUUGUAAAGAACAAGCUUCCCUGUGCAUGCUCUCUCAGUGGAACAUUCACCUCUCCUGGUGUGUGCAGACUGCAAUGCUGAUAGAAUGUUUCAGGAAUGAUAGCAGGGUCCCUAAGCCACAUUGACCAAGGGACUCCUGGAUGUGGAGAGAUACAGUGAGAGUGAAAGUGGGACUGCUCUGUAGAUUCCACUGGGAUGUGUAAUUUGUUGCUGGUGGACCUGUCCUUAAGACUUUUGGUCUUACCUUUCUGUCCAUCACUGAGAUACUUUUCACCUCCCAGGUCAAGCUCAUUCUUCUCUCUCUCUCCCUGCAGACUCCCCUGUAAUCCCUGCUCUACGCCUGCCUCUAGAACCCUUUAUCCCAGCAGUGCUCUGCCUGCCCGCACCAGCACUAAGAGCCAGUUCUGAAGGUCUGUGUCCCAGUGCAGAAGAUCCAGGCUGCUGGUACCGGAGCUAGGAUUGCCCUCACCAGCUUAGUCUUCCUUCCAAAAAGACCAAACCCACUGGAGGCAUUUUCACUGAAUCAUAGGAUAACAGAUAACUUCUGAGCAGUGGUUUCCUGUUUGUUCCUUAAGCUGUACUUUUCCCCUUUGUUUCCAUGUUGUAAUGGUCUUUCACUAAAGCUAUUGUUUUUUCCCAGUGUCUCUUCUGGGAUUUUGGUUCUACUCCAGUGCUUCAGAAUCUCCUCAAAUUUAAUUGGGUUCCUGUAUUCAGUGGUCAAUAAACCUCCUUCCUGUAUGACAUGCUUCUGGUGUUUGGCAAUGUAUGUGAUGUGAUAAAGAGCCCUGGCUGUCAAGACCUUGGGUGGUCACCGGCCCUGGCAUGUCACUGCCAGGAGUUCUCUGGGGCACUGGGGUCUUAGCCUCUGGAUGGAGGCCCUUUGCUGACAUUGGGAUGUGUACAUACCUUGCCCAUCAAUCUCAAUUGACUGGUGAAGGGAAGCGGUGUUCGUUGCCAAACCUGAAUUCCUUCAAAACAGCUCAGAACUAACAUGUCCCUACUGUGCUUUUGGCAUCUUCAGCCUCUUGGUAUUUUGUCCAAGAGCAAAAAUCACGCAACUCAGAGUUCCAGUCUGGUCAGAGGGAGGUCGUGUUGAGAGCUGCCUUGGCCAAGUUGCCAAGUUUUUUCUUCUUGUUUGAAUUGGCCCUUUUCAUAGAGGCAGGCUUCCAUGGUGGCUCAGAUGGUAAAGAAUCUGCCUGCAAUGUGGGAGACCCGGGUUCGAUCCCUGGGUCAGGAAGAUCUCCUGGAUGAGGAAAUGGCAACCCACUCCAGUAUUCUUGCCUGGAAAAUCCCGUGGGCAGAGGAGCCUGGUGGGCUGCAGUCUGUGAAGUUGCCGAGAGUUGGACAUGACUCAGCAACUAGCGCGGCAGUACUACGCUUUCAUGAAGGCGUUGGCUCCUCAUCGAUUCUCUUAGACACGGCAGCCCAGAUUGGGUUCCGGGGACAGUUUUCUUGGUCCUGGCCCACCUCUUGUUUAUAUUUUUCUGUAGACAGAUGCUGCCACUUUUGUAUAGGCUUAUCUCCUCUGCUGCCGCCUUCCAAGUACUAGAGUGAGGAAUGCAGUUGGCAGGAGUGCUAUCUGCUUUUUGGACGUGGCUCUGACCCUGGCCAAGAUGGUUCUCAGCCAGACACAGUGAGAGAGAAGACAGGGAAAAGCACCCGAGAGGCUCUGUUCUCUCCUUGCGGUGCUAGUCAAUUUAGCUUUUGGCAUAUUUAUGCUGAGUGCGUCCAGAAGAAUGAAACUCUCAGGUCUCAGCUUCCUCUUGAACCCUGGUCCAAUGACCAGUGCAGAGUCGAUUCUUCUUCAUGGUAGUGAGACAAGCUGGGAC